GAGAUGAGGCAUGCUACAAUUGAGUAGGGAUCAGGCCGUCAUGAAGGUCUUGAACAAAAAAACUCGAGGAAUUGAGUAUAAAGAACCUGAAUUCCUGGCAAAGGAUACCUCUUCCACCUUGCGAAGCUAUAACAAGAAAUCCUUAUUGCGGAGGCAGGGACUCAUCUGGAUGAACCAUUCAACGGAGACAGAUGCUCCUUUGAUAUCUUUCACGAAUGGUCACCUAUGGGAGCUAACCUUGUGCGAAAGGCUGCUCUUACUCCACUCGAGGAGGAGGAUACCUGUGAAAACCACUCGAGAAUCAUGAGGAUCAUACCCCUAGCAGCAUUAUCCACGAUUUCGAUUCAACUAUCCGUCGUCGCGGAAUGUGGCCGUUUACAACUUAUUAGCACGCCUCAACUGCCGUAUAUUGGAGCACUAAAUAUCGGGUACCACAACCCAGACUUUGAAGACUCACAGUCUUCUCCGAGAUGGAAUAUUCGAUAUCACAACCAGUGUCUUACACGUGGUAGGUACGGGGUAUUACAACAGUCAUGUUGGGCUCUCAAUGGGUUGACAUCCACGUUCGCUUUACUGGUUGAGCCCCCACGAACUCCUGCACAGCAUGGAGGUCCUCCCCAUGCAGAUAGUGGACAUCAUUGUACAUUAGGGAAGAGUUUCUCCCACAGUGUCCGUGUUUUUCACCCGAUUUGGCUUUUUAUGCAAGGCAAUCACAUUGUCCAGCCUCCGAGAUUUUCUCGAAUAAUCAACAGUGGGGUAGAAGAUGCACGAAGGGUCUCUGCUCCAUGUCUUACCAAAGGUGGCGAGGAUAUCUUGCUCCAUGGGUUGCAUCUCAACAAGAAUCUUCCAGACCCUUACCAAUCUCAGACUCAAAGAAGAUGAGAACCGUGCAUCGGAAUGGAAAGGAAGGGCAGAGGUACGGUCAGAAUUCGGCAGAUGAAAGUUGAGAAUGGAGGCGAAGACAAUCAGCGAUGCAACAGUCGGCACUUCUGAGAUUUCUCUGCAAUAGUACCCACACAGAUGAUUGAUUUGGCAUGAGUCUUAAAUAACAGAUGACUUCAAUCUACUCCUUCCAGACAUGCAGCCGGCCUCUGUCAAAAAUU